CGUCAGCAUCAAGCACAUUAACAUUUAUGGUAAAGAGGUUCCAACUACAACUCUCAAUUUCCUGCUUGCUUGUGGCUGGGACACAAACUGAGCAGGAGAAGCUCUAUCUUACCAGAGUCAAUUCAUGUGGUCUUGUAUCCAUGACCGCGAAAAGCUUGUAUGGUGCGUAAAGCAUGGUGCAAGACUUGCUACGCCGAGGGAACCACCGCACAAGAGGCCCAUACUCCAAGAGGCCGCAGAGAGGGGCGACAUCGCAACGCUUGAGUCAUUGCGCUCUGAAAGGGCUCCCUUGGGACCCUGUACACUGCAUAGGGCGGUGCUCAUGGCGGCGUUGGGUCAUGAUGGGUCGGACGACCCCAAGAAAGACGACAAAACGCAAUGGCAGAGCAAGGCACGUUAUGUUCAACGUAUGGCGAUGGUGCGCCAUCUAGUUGAUACCGUGGGCUGGGAUAAGAACAAGCUAGACUUUCCGCGCGACACAUAAUGAUUGCAAGGAGAAGUGGGGACGCCACUAAAAUACAUCGUUUGCGUUGGCAGACCAGAUAAAGAUGCACGCGAACUGACAUAGUUCCUACUCGAUUGAGGCGCGGAUCCGGAUGCUGCACUCGCCGAGGCGAGAAAAUAUGGCCAUCCAAGCUUUAUAGAGUGGGUGGAGGAGGGGUGGAAAGCACAAGGAGGUCGUGA